AUGUCCAUUUUUAGCGUGUAUGUGGUGAACGAAGCUGGCGGCCUGAUUUACCAGUUGGACAGCUACGCACCACGGGCUGAGGCUGAGAAAAGGUUCAGUUACCCGCUGGAUCUGCUGCUCAAGCUACGUGCCGAGUGUGUCCUGGGCGCCUUCGGACAGUGCGAUGGCAUCCGGGUGGGCCACGCAGUGUUGGCCAUCAAUGGCGUGGACGUGAACUGCAAGUACAUGGCCGACGGGAAAGAGGUGCUGGAGUAUCAGAGUAACCCUGCUAAUUACCCCGAGUCCUUUCGGUUUGGUCGACCCCGCCGCACCUCCAGUGAGAAGCUCAUGCUGGCUUCCAUUGGCUCCCAGCUAUCUCCUGAACAGGGCAGCUCAGGCACUGAGAUCCUGGAGACAGACACAUGCAAACGGCACUGCUUCCAGACACUGACGGAAAUGCCCAUCGGGUGUGAGUUGUUUGACCAGAACCUGAAGCUUGCUUUGGAAGUGGCAGAGAAAGCUGGGAUUUUUGGACCUGGGUCAUACGUUAAACCUACAAUGGACCCCCCCAAAUUCUGA